AUGGAAUAUGAAACAGAUGGUGAAAGUGAUGCAUCUACUUGUAUAUCUGAAGCUGAUUUCUCCUUUGAAGAUGAUGGCAAUAUGUCUGAUGAUGACUACCCAAGCUACGACAGUGCUACUUGUAGAGAAAGAACUUAUUUAGUUUUCGAGUCUUGUCUCCUUCAUCUGUUCAGCCAUACUUGCAGUAACUGCAAUAGACCUGUACAAUAUACUUUGAACACCAUUGGAAGUAUGUUGCAGGUAAAAGUCUAUUGUGGCUUCUGUGAGGAUGAAUGGACUUGGAACAGUCAACCAUAUUUAAAUGAUUGUACUCCAAAUGGCAACGUUCUGAUUGCUUUCUCAAUUAUCUUCUCUCGAUCUUUCCUCUCUAAAGUGUUGAGGCUUUUUGCCAUUAUGAACUGUGCUUGUAUCUCUGAAGCAACAUUUUACUCACGUCAAAUGAAGUACUUACGGCAAGCUGUCAGUAAUGUCUGGAAAGAGCAUCAGAAUAGCAUGCUAACGGUGUUGCAAGUUGAGAAGAAACCUCUUAUACUAGGAGGGGAUGGUCGUUGUGACAGCCCUGGUUUCAGCACAAAGAAUGGAUCUUACACCUUUCUGGAAAUUGAACACAAUGUUGUUCUGAAUAUUGAGUUAGUACAGAGUAAUGAGGUGAGUGGAAGUACUAACAUGGAAAAGGAAUGUUUUAUGAGAGGAAUGAAAAUUUUUGAAGUAUAUGAUCUCCCAAUCAAAAUGUUGGUAACAGACCGACAUAAGCAGUUAGGAAAGUACAUUCGAGAAGAUCUACCACAAAUUGAUCACAAAUUUGACGUUUGGCACAUAGCAAAAAGUUUUAGAAAGAAGGUAAAAAAGUUGGCAAAAAGAAAAGGAUGUGAGGAGGUUGGUAGUUGGAUCAAAAGAAUGGUGAACCACUUGUACUGGGCAGCAAUGUCAAGUGAAGAUGGAGACCCAGAAAUGAUACUUGAGAAGUGGCUGUCCUUACGAAGGCAUAUUCACAAUAAACAUCAUGGUCAUGGUACUAAGUAUAAGAAGUGCGCUCAUGGACGUCUAAGAAAGAGAAGAUGGCUGAAAUACAGGUAUUCACUCUACCCUGUAGGACUUGAACCAGUAGUUGACUAA